AUGUCGCUCCACACCAGCAUGAAAACCUACAGGUUGAGCAAUGGCGAGUCGAUUCCGGCUAUUGCGCUAGGCACUUAUUUGGCCAAUGAGGGCGAAUGUGCAAAAUCCGUCCAAACAGCUUUACAAAAGGGCUACAGACACAUCGACACAGCCGCAUAUUACGACAACGAGCAAGAAGUGGGCCAAGGAAUCAGAGACUCUGGCGUGCCCAGGGAAGAGAUCUUUGUUACUACCAAAAUCUGGAAUGACGAGCACAAAGACGUGCCCGGCGCAUUCCAGCGUCUGUUGAACAAGUUGGGCUUGCAGUACCUUGACUUAUACUUGAUACACUGGCCCAUUUCCAUUGAUCCUCAGACGCAAAACCGUAUCCUGACUGGGAUUAUGUCGACACGUACAAGGAGAUGCAAAAGUUGGUCCUCGCAGGGAAGGGGUAACGAUUAG